AUGGAAAACGGAAAGGCGCAGAAGGUUGGCGGCGCAGACCUUGAUUGGUCGAAGCUGGUCUUUGGAAGCCGAGUGGACUCACACUGCUUCAUGAAGCACGUGUGGAAGGACGGAGAAUGGGACAAGGGCGAGCUUGUCCAAGAACCCUACGUGAAGAUGCAUGUGAUGGCCAAUGUGUUUCACUAUGGCCAGGCCAUCUUCGAAGGUCAGAAGGUGUUCCAUUGCAAAGACGGCAAAGUUCGAAUCUUUAAUGACAAGGCGAACUACGCCCGAAUGUCGGCAGGCUGCCAAAGGAUGGGUAUGCCAACGAUGACGCCAGAGAUGUUUCACCAGGCAAUCGACCGUGUGGUGGCUGCCAACCUGGACUUCGUUCCACCCUACGGUAGCGGCGCCUCGUUGUAUGUGCGGCCCUUCAUGAUCGGAAGUGGCCCGCAGUUGGGCUUAGGGCCAAGCAGCGAGUUUACUUUCAUGGUCCUGGUGUCCCCGGUGGGGCCCUACUACGGUGGCUCCGUGCCCUGCAAACUCGUGGAUGAGUUCGACCGAGCGGCACCGUUGGGAGUCGGCCAGGUGAAGUGCGCGGGCAACUACGCUGCCGACAUCGUCCCAGCAAAGGAGGCCAAGGAUCAGGGCUUCCCGAUUUGCCUGUACUUGGAUGCCAAGGAGCACAAGUACGUCGAGGAGUUUAGCACCUCGAAUUUUGCGGCGAUUACGAAGUCGAACGUGUACCUCACGCCGGACUCGAGCUCUGUGCUGGGAUCUGUGACCAACAUGUGCCUCGAAGUUCUGGCGAAGGACAUGGGCCUGACAGUUGAGAGGCGACGCAUCGAUUUCGAGGCCGAGGUUUCCAACUUCAAGGAGGUCGGAGCCGUUGGCACUGGGGUCGUCAUCACAGUGGUGGAGUCCAUCACCCGCGGCGAGAAAAAGUACACCUUUGAGCAACCUUCCGAGACCUUGCAGAGCAUGUACAACAAGCUGCGAGCAAUCCAGGUCGGCGACGAGCCGGACAAGUUUGGGUGGCUCCGUGAGAUCUCUGCUUGA